GUCAAUUUCGAGGUUCCUACCAUCCGUUCCCAGACGAACCCGCUCUGAGGUACUACCGUUUUGUAUAAACGCGCAGUAAGGAGGGCCCAGUCAGAGGAGGCUUUGGCUAGUCGUCCGAGCUGACCCAUUCCUCUCUCACCCACCUACCCUCAUGUCUAUUUACACUCAGCUGCUGGAACAGAACAUCUAUCAUGUGCCUUCUUUUACUCUAGAGUCCGGGAGCGUCCUAAAGGACGUUCCUGUCGCUUACAAGACAUGGGGCCAGCUGAAUGAGACCAAGGACAACGUCAUGAUAAUCUGUCACGCUUUUACCGGAAGCGCCGAUGUCGAUGACUGGUGGGGGCCUCUGAUGGGUCAUGGCAAGGCGUUUGACGCUAGCCGUUUUUUCAUCUUUUGUGGCAACGUCCUAGGCUCGCCUUACGGGUCGGCUUCGCCGGUGACGCUGAACCCAGAGACGGGCAAGCCCUAUGGCCCGGAGUUUCCUCUCACGACCAUCCGUGACGACGUCCGGAUCCACAAACUUGUCUUAGACCACUUGGGCGUCAGCUCCGUUGCCGUCGUGAUUGGUGGUUCCAUGGGUGGCAUGGCCGUGUUGGAAUGGCCCUUGUGUUCUCCGCCAGGUUACGUGAAGCGAAUCAUCCCGAUCGCGACUUCUGCCCGUCACUCCGCCUGGUGCAUCAGCUGGGGAGAGGCUCAGCGUCAGAGCAUCUACAGCGACCCGUCCUAUCAAGAUGGAUACUACGACGCGCAACCUGCCUCCGGGCUGGCGGCGGCGCGUAUGGCGGCGCUGUUGACGUACCGUUCGCGAGAUUCCUUCGAACGCCGUUUUGGCCGCAAACCGCAGAAAGCCGCCGUGACCUCGGACAAUGGCGUCCUCACACCUCCCCAGUCUCCCGCGCUCCCCUCUGCGGACUACACCCUUGCGGCCCACAACGAUGGGCUGCGCAGCUCCCAAUCGCGCCCGCAGACCCCAGCUGCCGUCUCUGCUGCGCACUCGCGUUCGACCAAGGUCGGAGAGGGCUCGCCUCCUCGUCCCCCUAUCUUCUCUGCCCAGUCGUACCUGCGAUACCAAGGAGACAAGUUCACGUCCAGAUUCGACGCCAACUGCUACAUACAUAUCACUCGCAAGCUCGACACACACGACAUCGCUCGCGGAAGGCUGCUAAGCCCUGACGAAGACGAGAACACAGCCCUCUUCCGUGUCCUUGGGACUGAGCCGCCCCGUGCGCUCGUCAUCGGCAUUCAAUCCGACGGGCUGUUUCAGCCUGCUGAGCAGCACGAAAUCGCAGAGGGCAUCCCUGAGGCGCAGCUGGUCAUGAUACCCUCGCCGGAAGGGCACGACGGCUUUCUGCUCGAGUUCGAGCUCAUAAACAAACACAUUCUGGGAUACCUUAGGGUCGAGUUCCCCGAGUAUUACAAAGACGGCGAGGAUGUGUCUGGAAGCGCCGUACAGGACUUCUCCAUCAAAAAGACGAGCUUAUUUGGUGAAGCCGAGGUAGAUAUUACGAGAUGGUAAGGGAGGGAUGGAGGAAUCUCGGCUGAUCGUCGAGUCGUGGACUAUACAUUAAUUGUAGCUCUACAUCCAACUGUACUUUGCUAUGCGUUGUUGAAAUACACCGAGUGUGUUGGUUGUUCAACCCAGCCACAUAUU